UUAAACCCUAAAAGAGACAACUUUCUUUAACAACAGAGCAUAUAGAUGACUGAUGAGAAAAGCUCUAUCAGCCAUAGGCGAAAGCUCGACUACGUUGCUCAAUUUAAACCGGAGACUAACGGCUCUCACUCGUUCCGGCGAGAACAGAAACGCUCUCAAGCUCUUCGCCGAUGUUCACCGUUGUAUAACUCUGAGACCAGACCAGUACAGUGUCUCGUUAGCUAUUACUGCAGCUGGGCACCUCCGUGAUACCAUCUUCGGUGGUCAGGUUCAUUGCUAUGCGAUUCGCUCUGGUUUAUUGUGUCACUCUCACGUCUCCAAUACGCUUCUCUCGCUAUACGCGAGAUUAGGGAACUUAGCUUCGUUGAAGAGGAAGUUCGAAGAGAUUAUUGAACCUGAUGUUUAUUCAUGGACGACGCUUUUGAGUGCAAGUUUUAAGCUUGGUGAUAUAGAGUAUGCCUUUGAGGUGUUUGAUAAAAUGCCUGAGAGGGAUGAUGUUGCGGUUUGGAAUGCUAUGAUCACUGGUUGCAAAGAGAGUGGGUAUCACGGAACAAGUAUUGAGUUGUUUCGAGAAAUGCACAAGCUUGGUGUUCGACAUGAUAAGUUUGGCUUUGCUACUGUUUUGAGUAUGUGUUACUAUGGCUCUUUGGAUUUUGGUAAGCAGGUGCAUUCGCUAGUUAUAAAAGCUGGAUUUUUUGUUGCAUCAUCUGUUGUGAAUGCACUAAUUACAAUGUAUUUCAAUUGCCAAGUGGUUGUUGAUGCUCGUCUGGUGUUUGAAGAAGCUGAUGUUGCUGUACGUGAUCAGGUCACUUUUAAUGUGGUUAUUGAUGGAUUGGCUGGUUUCAAAAGAGAGGAGUCUUUGUUGGUGUUUAGACAAAUGGUCGAAGCUGGUCUUAGACCAACUGAUCUGACCUUUGUUAGUGUAAUGAGUUCUUGUUCAUGUGAGACUAUGGGACACCAAGUACAUGGACUAUCCAUCAAGACAGGGUAUGAAGAGUAUACUUUGGUUAGCAAUUCCACUAUGACAAUGUAUUCUUCUUUUGAGGAUUUUGGUGCAGCUCAUAAGGUUUUCGAGUCAUUGGAAGAGAAAGAUUUGAUUACUUGGAAUACAAUGAUUUCUGGUUAUAACCAAGCGAACUUGGGGCAGUCUGCGUUGUUGUUGUACAAGCGAAUGCAUGGAAUAGGAGUUAAACCGGAUGAGUUUACUUUCGGAAGUCUUUUAGCAAGCUCUCUGGAUUUGGAUGCCCUGGAGAUGGUUCAAGCGUGUGUAAUCAAAUUCGGGCUUAGUUCAAAGAUCGAAAUUUCGAAUGCACUGAUAUCUGCCUAUUCGAAGCACGGAAAGAUAACAAAGGCAGACCUAAUAUUCGAAAGUUCGCCGAAGAAGAAUCUAAUCUCAUGGAACGCGAUAAUCUCGGGGUUUUACCAUAAUGGGUUUUCCUUUGAAGGUUUGGAAAGAUUCUCUUGCUUGCUAGAAGCAGAGGUCCUAAUCAUACCUGAUGCUUAUACUCUUAGCAUUCUUUUGAGCAUUUGCGUAGACAUUUCGUCUUUGAUGCUCGGAGAGCAGACUCACGCUUACGCCCUCAGACAUGGGCAAUUCAAGGAGACGUUGAUUGGUAAUGCCUUUAUAAACAUGUACUCUCAAUGCGGGACUCUACAAAAAUCUCUUGCUGUUUUCCAUCAGAUGUCUGAUAAGGACACUGUGUCAUGGAAUUCUCUGAUCUCUGCAUACGCGAGACACGGGAAAGGAGAGAGUGCGGUUCUUACCUACAAGACGAUGCAAGAUGAAGGCAAGGUGGAUCCCGAUGCAGCCACAUUAUCAGCGGUUCUCUCUGCUUGCGGCCACGCCGGUUUAGUCAAAGAGGGACUCGAGAUUUUCAACUCAAUGGUGGAAUUUCACGGUCUGAUACCAAAUGUGGAUCAUUUUUCAUGCUUAGUUGACCUUCUUGGUCGAGCAGGUCACCUCGAUGAAGCAGAAAGCUUGGUGAAAAUCAGCGAGAAGACCAUUGGGUCUCGGGUAGAUGUGUGGUGGGCUUUGUUUAGUGCUUGUGCUGCUCAUGGAGAUUUGAAACUAGGGAAAAUGGUUGCGAGGUUACUAAUGGAGAAAGAGAAGAAUGAUCCAUCGGUUUAUGUUCAAUUGUCGAAUAUAUACGCAGGAGCUGGUUUGUGGAAAGAAGCAGAAGAGACGAGAAAAGCCAUCAACAUGAUUGGAGCUAUGAAACAACGAGGUUGCAGCUGGAUGAGAUUGUAAUAACCGGUCGAUUCGGUUUGUUAAAUUGAAUUAUAUAUAUAUUUGUUCAUUUGUUUUUCACUUUUUUAUAUUGAUGGAAAGUGAAACUCUUUAGAAUAGAAAAAUUGUAACAAAAAUGCAGAGAAUAUUUUUUAUGAAAAAAGUGAAACUAUUGUAGGAGAUAA